AUGACGGAUGGAGAAGUACCGAUACACCUGGCGCUGCGUCGCGGCCCUCAAGGUGGAAAGCUGUCCAUAACACCUGGACCCGACAUAACCACCUUUGACGUCGCAGUCCGCCCGGUACAGCACAAGUACGAUAGUGCAAUUGGCAUCAGCAAGAAAAACACCGAACAAACCCCCGACACCGACUUUCUCUACGCCAACGACACAAUGAUUUCCGACGCCGAACUUUACCGUCUCGCCAUCGUCCUCGGAUGCUCGGCCAUGAUUCUCAUUGUCCUUCACUCAUUCCUCGAAGCCAACGCCGGAGAUCUCGAAACCGACAUCGGCAAGGAGAAGAAGGUCGCAAAAGUGGCAGCAGUCCCGGCUAAGGCGAAAUAA